UCCUCUACACCUUCCCUUUUUGAAUAUCUUCUAUUAUAAAAAUCAUAUACUUUAUUUUAUUUAUUUUUACUUGUAGUGAAGCUUUAAUAGAGAGGCAAUAUAAAACCAAGAAAAAUCCUAUAGAACACUGUCAAAUUAAGAAAAGUUAAAGUCCCUGCAAUAAAAUUAUUUUGUUCAUGUUAAACAUUCAUAGCUUUUUAAAUUCUAGUGUAUUUGUGAAAAGCAUCAUUGGCAAGUAACUUGAGACUACUUCAUUUUUUCCCUGACAUGAAUGCAUUUUCAUAUAUAGCCUUAAACUUGGUUUCAUUAUAGAUUCUAAAAAAUAAUGUUUGCUAUUCUGUUUUUUAGAGCCUUGAAAAGAAAGAAUAAAACAACAGGAAAAAAAAGAAAAGGAUUAAAACUGUGACAAAAAUACAACUAGGUUCUCUGGGUUAGGAACUCCUCUCUGACUGGUGCUGUAACAAUGAGUGGGAAAUCCCUGCUCUUAAAGGUCAUCCUCUUGGGUGAUGGUGGAGUUGGGAAAAGCUCACUUAUGAACCGUUAUGUAACCAAUAAAUUUGACUCCCAGGCUUUUCACACCAUAGGGGUAGAGUUCUUAAAUCGAGAUCUAGAGGUAGAUGGACGCUUUGUAACCCUCCAGAUUUGGGACACUGCGGGGCAGGAACGUUUCAAGAGCCUCAGGACACCAUUCUACAGGGGAGCAGACUGCUGCCUCUUGACCUUCAGCGUGGAUGACCGGCAGAGCUUCGAGAACCUCGGAAACUGGCAGAAAGAAUUCAUCUACUAUGCAGACGUGAAGGACCCUGAGCAUUUCCCCUUUGUAGUUCUGGGUAACAAGGUAGACAAAGAGGAUAGGCAAGUGACUACUGAGGAGGCACAAGCCUGGUGCAUGGAGAAUGGGGAUUACCCUUAUCUAGAAACAAGUGCCAAAGAUGAUACGAAUGUGACAGUGGCCUUUGAAGAAGCUGUCAGGCAGGUGUUGGCUGUCGAGGAACAGCUGGAGCAUUGCAUGUUGGGUCACACCAUUGACUUGAACAGUGGCUCCAAAGCAGGAUCUUCAUGCUGUUAAAAGUAGGGAGCCUUUUCGAAGCAUGCCCCAAAUUGGUCAAUCAGCAGUGCAAGAAUAACUGGGGCCCUUUUAGGGUGCACACACACACACACACACACACACACACAAGGGUAAGACAGAAGGUUCUGAUUGCAAAACAGAGCCUUUCCAGUUGAAGUUGUGGAGUGAUUUCUUUUAAAUGCUUUAUCGAGCCAAUUGUAUUUUGCUUAAUGUCUGCUGUUUCUCCUUCUUGUGUGUCUCAGGACAUUUUGGAACGUUUCUGCGCUGACAGAUCUGAACAUUUUUUUGAUAUCACAGUUUAAACCUAGACACAGCUGCAUAAAGGAGUUAAAGAGCUACAGCUACCCCUUAAAGCAAUCCAUUAAUCAAUUAAUAAAUAUCACCAUCAGACUCUUGCCAAACAGUUUCUGACAUUUCUGCCAAAGGGAAAAAUAGAAGAUCCUGAGCUAUUACUAUAAAUAGUGAUGCAAAGAUUUCUCAGAUCUGAUUUAUAAAGAAGUUAUAUAAUGGGUAAGAAUGUAAAAGCAAGUGAUGUGCCCUUGUUUAACUACUUAUCAAUGGUUUGCUCCCAUCUGAGCCUGGUUUUAAAAAGUUACUAUCUCAACUAAGAGAUAUUCUGAUGACACUGGAAAUUGAUUUAUUCCUUGUUUUUGAAGUCAUAGGAUACUGGUGAGUGGAUUGUGCUUAAAUAUGCCAACCCCCUUUUCCAAAUACACAUUUGGUCUGCUUUUACUUAAGAAGUCUAUUUCUGCUGCAUAGAAAUGUUGCUUCUCUGACCUCUUAUCAAUUUAGCAGUGCUGCUUCAGUAUAUGGCUUUGGGCACAGCGUUUCUGCUCACAAUUUAGAGGAUCCUUUGGACUCAUGGAGAACGUUUCUCACAAGACUGGAGGACUGUGGGCUUUUCUUACAAGGUUCCUUAACUCAAUUAUUUUUCAUAGAAGAAGGAAUUGAUGUCUGGAUUUUGUGUUAUAUAUUCAGCUGGCCAAACAAGGACAUUGAAAGUGUCAAAAUGGCAACUUUGAACCCUGUGUUACACAAAUCUUUCAUAUUUAGAGUUGUCCAGCAGUGGAAUGGAUUGCCUUAAUAGUGAGCUCCCUUCCCGUGAGACUAUUCAGUGAAUGACCAUCUGUUAUAAAUACCAUAGAAAGAAUGUGUAUACUGGCUACAUGUUUAUUAUAAGAACCCUUUCAUCCCUGGGUUCUAUGAAUCUAUCAACUAUGUGAAUGCCACAUUGUGAGUAGAUUUUCUGAAGAUAGCAGCUAAGACUAUGGAGCGGGACUGUAAAAAUUCUCAAAACAUUCUGUGAUCUGCCUUUAACAGCAGCCACGUAGCUCUUCCUUUUGCUUUUGCCCCGUGGCAGAAAAAAAUUCUAAAUCUCUGAGUAACCUUUGUAACAUGAUGUAAGCAUCCUGAAGACACCACCUUAAAAUACAAAAAUGGUUGGACAAUUUUUGAUGAUGAUGAUUUCCAUGUGUAUACUAUGCCAUGAACAUACAGUCUAGUUCUUGUUGGUUGAUCUGUUUGUCCUGCAUAGCUUUUAAUCUGUAUUUUAAAACAUUGGUGAUAAAACAAAUAAUGAUCCAAGAUAGUGAAUGAUGGAACUACCCCCAGAAAAAGAUCUAGGCCAGGGAGGGGUGGGAGCUUUCACAGGAAUACAGCCUAGAACUCUCCAUUGUAGCCACAUGUGGAAUCAGCCUUACGUGUGGGACCUUCUGUGCUUUAAGAGCUCUGGGACCUUUUGGCCACAUAGAGAAGAGGAGGACAAUAUUUCAACCUAGUCAUUUUUAAUAUUUUCAAUUAAAAGAGUCCUUCCCCAUUGUCCAACUAAUUGAUGCUAGAAUUGAUACCCCACAGCUCUUAAGUAUCGGUUCCUAUCCUGCCUAUGCCUAUAGCCAGCCACAAUGGUUUCCAAGUUCUAUGAUCAUUUUGCUACUAUCACGUUAGGAUGAAAAUCUGUACGCCAGAACUGUUAAAUGCUAAUUAUUUUUAAGCGCAUGAGACCUGGGGCCUUCUCUUUCUACUUGCACUCUGCUUAUAAUGGUUUCUAUCU